GCACCGUGGGGGUUGGACGCGCCCUCUGUACUCUCUCCGGGACUUGCCAGAAAUAAGUGAACCAUGCGUUGCUGAAUUUAUUUACGCCACAACUCAUAUGCGAAGUAUAAUGUGCAUCUAACAGUCGUUCUUAUCGAUGAGAAAGAGGAAGAGAAAAAGGCGAAACUCGACGGGAAUAGCGUAAUUUUUAUCAAUGUAAGAGAACCACCAUGUUGACUCCCGCAUUUUGCAGGAAGGAAGUUCGUAUUCUGGUGUACGUCAUCCUCGCCUUGUCCCUCUUCUCCUUCGUCCACGUGUCUCUCCUCAAGCUGGAGAACCUCAAAGCCCUGAGGGAUCUGGAGGAGAAGGUCGAGCUGGCGAGGGAGGCGGACGGGGCGCAGGAGACGGAGAGGGAGGAGAAGGAGGAGGAGGAGAGGGAGGAGAAGGAGGAGGAGAGAACCGUUAUCCACCGAGCCAUGGAAUUUUCCUCGGCGUCUCGGGGAAGGAGGAAGAAGAAGAAAGUGCAGGCGAAAGGGGCGAAGGGGAUAGGCGAGGAGAAGAGGCGGAAAUGGGGAGAGAAAGACAAGUGUAAGAGCUUGCACGGGGAUGUCGCCGAGCACUUUUUCGAUGACGAGGUUGUAAAACUUAAUUGGACUGAGGCGCGAUCGCAGGCCCGCCGGGAGCUCCUCGAGGAACGGGCGAAGGUCCUGCUCGAGGCCUGUGCCACGCUGGACGACACGGAGGGCGCCCUGAAACCGCCCCUGAGUGUCAUCUAUCAGAAUAACCUGUGGCUGAAGGAGAACAACUUCGUCUACUGUCCGAUCAACAAAGUAGGAUCCACGACCUGGAUCACCAGCCUCCUGCAGAUGGCGGGCGAGGAGACAAGCCACGGCCGAGGGCGGAUCAGGAGGAUCUACAGCGCGCCCUUGAGCAUUCGAGACCGCAACGCUUUCCUGAAGAAGGCGACGAGGAUGAUCAUCGUCAGGAACCCGCUGGACCGGCUCCUGUCUGGCUACCGAGACAAGAUGCUGCACCUCAUCUGCAAGGAAAACCAGUUCUCGGCGAUGCAGCAGCUGAUCUCCUCCAAGUACAGCGACCCAGACACGCCUCCAGAUCCCUCCGGCAGACCCUCCUUCAGGCAGUUCUUGCUGUUCAUAAGGGACGAGAUGGAGAAGUUCUGGCAGAGCCACGGUCAGUACGAAGUGAACAACCACUGGAAGCCCUUCUGGUGGUACUGCGCUCCCUGCCACUUCGAGUACAACGCCGUCGCCCACAUGGAGAGCCUCAGCGAAGACCAGGAGCACAUCCUGAGGGAGACGAGACUCUACGGGAGGAUCAACAACACGCGCACGCAUUCGUCCAAAAACGACAACUUCACGUCGACUCGAGAGGCAGCCCGGUGGUACUUCGGCCAGGUCCCC